AUGCCAAUUAGCCACAUUUUGAGUGGCUGUGCGAUUAGUCAUCAGCCGCAAUCGCUUGCGGACAGUGCGCGUCUCCACAAUCAAGUCACAAGCACCGACCACCCUGGUAAUAAACGCUAUGGCGGUUUGAGUAGCGUCUUGAUAACUCCAUCUUCCACCAUCGGUGCAGAGGACAUAGCCAUGCCAGCCACCAGUGAUCUGUUUGAAGUCCCUGGGGAAGGAGAGAUUGAGUGCUCACAGCAGGUUUUACCUAUCUCCACUGGCCUGGUGUCAGUGGGUGCUGAAAUGACUGUUGCCUGUGAGGGAUACCACUCAAUCUGUUCACUAUAA